CGCUUAGUGGGUCUCUGGUGGAAGCGCAACGAUGGCAGCACCCAAGAAAGUGUGCGUGGUGGGCUCCGGAAACUGGGGCUCGGCCAUCGCCAAGAUCGUGGGCGCCAACGCGGCCGCCGACGCCAAAUUUGACAGCGUGGUCAACAUGUGGGUGUUCGAGGAAAUGGUGGACGGACGCAAGCUCACCGAAAUCAUCAACACGGAGCACGAGAAUGUCAAGUACCUGCGAGGGCACAAGCUGCCCCCCAAUGUGGUGGCCGUUCCAGACCUGGUGGAGUCGGUUAAGGGAGCCGACAUCCUGAUGUUUGUGGUCCCGCACCAGUUCAUCGUCCGUGUGUGCGACACCAUCAAAGGCCACGUCAAGAAGGACGCUCACGGCGUGUCGCUCAUUAAGGGCGUGGACGCCGGCCCGCGGGGUCUGAAAUUGAUCUCCGAGGUCAUCCGAGGGAAGCUGGGCAUCGGCAUGUCGGUCCUGAUGGGAGCAAACAUCGCCGGCGAGGUGGCGGAGAACAAGUUCUGCGAGACAACCAUAGGGUGCAAGGACAUAGCGCACGGGCCCAUCCUGAAGGAGCUGAUGCAGACCGCCAACUUCCGCGUGACCGUUGUCCAAGAGUCCGACGUCGUGGAGAUCUGCGGGGCGCUCAAGAAUAUCGUGGCGGUAGGUGCGGGGUUCUGUGACGGCUUGAGCUUCGGUGACAACACCAAGGCGGCGGUGAUCCGUCUGGGACUGAUGGAGAUGAUUGCCUUCGCCAAGGUCUUCUGCGCCGACGGGCCCGUCUCCGCCAGCACCUUCUUGGAGAGCUGCGGGGUCGCCGACCUCAUCACUACCUGCUACGGCGGCCGCAACCGGAAAAUCGGAGAAGAGUUUGCCAAAACAGGAAAAACCAUCGAGCAGUUGGAGAAGGAGCUGCUGAACGGUCAGAAGCUUCAAGGUCCGGCCACUGCGACCGAGGUCCACCAAAUCUUAAAGCAGAAAAACAUGGUGGAGAAGUUCCCUCUUUUCACCGCCGUCCACCAGAUCUGCUUCGACGGCCAUCCGGUGACAGAGUUCAUCAGCUGUCUGCAGAGGCACCCCGAGCACAUGUGACCGACUCGCCGGCCGGACGAACAGACGGACGGACGGUCCGUUUCAGACUUUGAUUUCGGAGAUGCCGCAGUGCAGCGUGCGAGCCCGAGGGCGAAAGGUCAGCAGGGCGACGCUUUCGAAGUCUCUCGCCGGCUCGCCUUCGUCUAUCGCGGCGUCUGUGUUAAAACUGCCCUUAUCACGUUACGUAACGCUGCGGCCUUUCACUGAGCACGUCGUUGCAGCGCGCAAAAGCAAUGCACACGCGCACAAAACGGAAGGUUGACACCAAGCAUUUCAGUGCUUUUCUCUGGUAAAAACAAAAAGUGCCUUCGUCUGUUUUCUGUCCUUGAUGUCAUUAUUUAUUUGGAAAUAAAUCACUUGAAC